AGCGGAAGCCGCGAGUCUCCAUGGCGGCAGCUGCGGCGGCGGCGGCGGCGCCGGUGUUCUGGAGGCGACUGCUGGGCCUCCUGCCUGGCCGCCCGGGGCUGGCCGCGCUCCUGGGGCGCUUGUCCGACCGCCUCGGCAGGAACCACGACCGCCGGCGCAGGAGGUCACCAUGGCUGCUGUUGGCUCCCCUACUGUCUCCAACUGUUCCCCAGGUCACCGCCCCACCUUGCUGCCUGUGUCCAGAGGGCGUGCACAGGUUCCAGUGGAUCAGAAACCUGGUUCCAGAGUUCGGAGUCUCCAGUUCUCACGUCAGGGUGCUUUCUUCCCCAGCAGAGUUUUUCGAGCUCAUGAAGGGACAGAUAAAAGUAGCCAAGAGGCGGGUUGUGAUGGUCCUCUACCUGGGGACAGGUCCUUUGGAGCAGGAACUGGUGGAUUGCCUGGAAAGUGCUGAAAAGUCAGUCCAAGCAAAGUUUCCUUCAGACCUCAAGGUGUAUCUCUUGGACUUCACACGGGGCUCCAGAGGCAGGAAGAACUCGCGCACAAUGCUGCUCCCACUCUUGCGAAGGUUUCCGGAACAGGUCCGAGUGUCCCUUUUUCACACGCCAAACCUCCGUGGACUUCUGCGGCUCCUCAUCCCUGAGCGCCUCAACGAGACCAUCGGCCUCCAGCACAUUAAGGUGUACCUCUUUGACAACAACGUCAUCUUGAGCGGCGCAAACCUGAGUGACUCCUACUUCACCAACCGCCAGGACCGCUACGUGUUCUUGCAGGACUGCGCGGAGAUUGCCGACUUUUUCACAGAGCUGGUGGACGCAGUGGGGGAUGUGUCCCUGCAGCUGCAGGGGGAUGACACAGUGCAGGUGGUGGAUGGGAUGGUGCAUCCUUACAAAGGUGACCGGGCUGCGUAUUGCAAGGCAGCCAAUAAGAGGGUUAUGGAUGUGAUCAACUCAGCCAGGACCCGCCAGCAGAUGCUGCACGCCCAGACCUUCCAUGGCGACUCCCUCUUGACCCAGGAGGAUGCAGCGGCUGCUGGUGAUCGGAGGCCAGCCCCUGACACCUGGAUUUAUCCACUGAUUCAGAUGAAUACCUUCGAGAUUCAAAUUGACGAGAUUGUCACUGAGACCCUGCUGACUGAGGCCGAACGAGGCGCUAAGGUCUACCUCACCACUGGUUACUUCAAUCUGACCCAGGCCUACAUGGACUUGGUCUUGGGCACGAGGGCCGAGUACCAGAUCCUGCUGGCCUCACCAGAGGUGAAUGGCUUCUUCGGGGCCAAGGGGGUGGCUGGUGCCAUCCCGGCGGCCUACGUGCACAUCGAGCGGCAGUUCUACAGCGAGGUGUGCAGCCUGGGGCAGCAGGAGCGGGUCCAGCUGCAAGAGUACUGGCGGAGGGGCUGGACCUUUCAUGCCAAAGGCCUCUGGCUGUACCUGGCAGGGAGCAGCCUGCCCUGUCUCACGCUGAUUGGCUCUCCUAAUUUUGGGUACAGGUCAGUUCACCGGGACCUGGAGGCCCAGAUUGCCAUUGUGACGGAGAACCGAGCCCUGCAGCAGCAGCUUCACCAGGAGCAAGAGCAGCUCUACCUGAGGUCAGGUGUAGUAUCCUCCGCCACCUUUGAGGAGCCAAGUCGGCAGGUGAAGCUGUGGGUGAAGAUAGUGACUCCACUGAUCAAGAACUUCUUCUGAGGACAGACAGGUACACGGAAUGGCCUUGAUGAAGAUGACAGGCAUGGCCGGCGUCAGCUCCUUCAGCCGUGCUUCGGCGAUGACUCCGGUCUGGGUGUCCCAGCGAGCUCCUGCGGGGAUAGCACGGCUGAGGGUCAGGUGGCCCUGGGGAGGUGACCGUGUCCCGUCUAGUGUGCUGCCAACAAGUGAGAGGAGGGGCUGGAAGGGCCCUUGAACCUCCCCACCCUCUGCAGAGAUGGGCUCUGCCCCCCAGAGCUCAGGCCGGGUGCCAGGCUGGUCUGGCACAGAAUUUGCUGCACGUGGAGUUGGGAGCGGAGGACGUCAUAGGUAAUCAUGUGCAUGUUGUAACUGCCCCACGUGUCUCGCUAUGCACUGAGGAACAGCUCAGCACUCAGGCUCUUGGGUUCCAUCCCUUUAAAUUUGUGGUGUCUUCAGAGCCUCAUCUGCGAGCCUUCUUAAUUACAGUGGCAGGAAAUCAUAGCUCCACUUGAGAAUCAGAGCUUCACGUUCCCUGGCUCCCUUCGUGUGUCAUGCCCGUCCUGUGUGCGCGGCACAGAUUAUACAUCUAUGCAUAUAUUAUUCACUUUUAAGCAGACUUAUUUUUACUCGCUCUAUUUAAUGAUGUUUAUGUUUCUUGUCUAAUUCCAGAAUAAACAUGGAGAGUGGCUGCUG